UGCAGAUGAUGAAAGGUCAAAGACAAGCAAUGUGCUGUUGACAUCCUUGUCAACCCAUGAAGAGAGCACAUAUUUGGCUGGAAGCGACUUGGGCUGAAGCUCCUGUCACAAUGUUAAAACCUCUGGUUAUUUUGCUGACACUGAUUUUAGUGAGUUGCUCGACAAAUUCUUCAGAUACAGAUUUUUAUCAUAAGGCUGUAGAGUUAAUGAAGAAAACUCCGUUGAUUGAUGGGCACAAUGAUCUACCAUGGCAGUUAAAGGUGAGAGUGAACAAUAAUCUCACUGCAAUAGACCUGAGAAGCUGGAAUGAUACUCAGACCAACAUUGAGAAGCUCAAGCUUGGUUUGGUUGGAGCUCAGUUUUGGGUUGCUUAUGUACCCUGUAGUACACAAAACAAACAAGCAGUUCGGCAGACUUUAGAACAAAUCGAUGUGAUAAGGAGAUUGGUAGAGAUGUACCCAAACGAUUUUCAGCUAACUACUACAUCAGCUGGAAUUACAGAAGCAUUUAAAAAGGGUAAGAUAGCCAGUCUUAUCGGUGUGGAGAGCGGGCAUGGAAUCGACAGUAGCCUGGCAACUUUGAGAAUGUUCUAUGAACUCGGGGUUCGUUAUCUGACACUAACCCAUAACUGCCAUACACCAUGGGCAGAAAUGCACAAAUUGGACAGUGAAACUGUUGAAUCUUACAACCAUGGACUCUCUGAAUUUGGAAAAAAAGUUGUGAAGGAAAUGAACCGUCUGGGAAUGUUGGUAGAUUUGUCGCAUGUUUCCAAAGCUACAAUGUUGGAUGUGCUUAAGGAAUCUGAAGCCCCUGUCAUUUUCAGCCACUCCUCCGCAUUUCAUUUAUGCAAUAGCUCCAGAAACGUGCAAGAUGAAGUUUUGGAUAAACUGGUAGACAAUAAAGGCAUUGUGAUGGUAAAUUUUUAUCCAUACUUUGUUUCUUGCAAAGACAGAGCUUCAUUAUCAGAUGUGGCAGAUCACUUUGACUACAUUCGAAAACGUAUUGGUGCAGAUUAUGUGGGCAUUGGUAGUGAUUUUGAUGGAAUUGAGAGAGUACCAACUGCUUUGGAAGACGUUUCCAAAUAUCCCAACUUGAUCUCUGAACUUCUCCAGCGGAACUGGACUGACAACGAUAUCAACAAUAUGCUAGGUUUAAACUUGAUCCGAGUCUUCAAAAAAGUGGAAGAUGUAGGCAAACGUCUUCAGGAUUCCAUUGGGCCACUGCAAGAUGUCAUCGCUAGAGAUGAGGAGCAGCUCCAGUGCAGAAAAUCUGCAGCUCCAGCUUCUGCCUGUACUGCUCAUAUGAUCAGUGUGGCUUGGAUCAUGAUAUCCUUAAUAAUGAUCUGAAUUGGUUUGGUAACAAAUCAAUGUAUAUAUUCAAUAUAUUCAAUAUAUAUUAGGAAAAGUCUAAAAAUACACAGGGGGGGGGUGGGGGGCAACAUGUUGUAUGUACAUGUUUCACUUGUAUUUGAGAAGAAUCCUUUCUUUAAUACCUUAGUUUAUCUUUCAAAUGUUAUUAAAACUCAUUGGAAAGAUACUGAUUUGCAAGUCAAAAAGUAACAUGCAGCGCAAACCCAAAUGUGUAACAAUGAUGCAGAUGUAUUUAAAUAAUAAAAAUAACGCAACUUGUAGCUACUGGUCUCUUUAAUUACAGUAGCAGUUGGUCAGUUGUUUGACGGCUUUCAAUGAGCCUUUUGUGGUUCCCAUGUAAAUCAGAAUGAGACUUUUAAAUAAAGCCUGGAGACCUGGGCGAUGAUUUAUCAGUUGAUCCAAACCCAUUCGGAAAAAGGCGUGCCGCGUUUCCCAAUAGUGCUGUUUGGCAAUUUCAUCUAAGCCAUGCGUGUCUUCCCUUGGUCUUAGACAAGCACACCUAAAUUGUAAAGUUCAAAACUUCAUAGAAUUAUUGAUUUUAAACUCUGUUUUAGAAAUCAACUACUUAAGUAAUUUUAUUGAAAAAUCCAAUGACAUUACCUUAGCUUUU